AUGACAAGUUUAGGCUUUUCAAAUAAUCUUUCGUUUGUUGUUGAAGAGGUUAUAAAUGUGAUGAAGCAGGAUCUCAAACGCAUUGGAAAAGGGAAAAGUCAGGACGAUACCAAACAUAAUCAUGCUUAUGAAAAAACUAGCAAAUUAUUCUUGAAUAUUCUCUACUCCACUCGAAGUACUUCCGAAUCUGAUCUCAUAGAAAGAGUCCAUCCUCCUCCACCUGUUCUAGACUUGUAUAAAGAAUGUCUUCAGUUACUUGCGGGGUUCCUUAGCAAGCUCAUUCAAGCAAAACACGAAACAACCCCAAAGGAAAUCAUCUUGCACAAAUUUUGUUUGAAUUGUAAAUUUUGUGUAUACGUCUUGUUUGAGCUGAUGUUGUAUCCUAACAUGAAGGUAACGAGAAACCACGCCAAUGAACUUCCAGAUCUGUCUUCUGCAAACCUGCAGUUAUUAGGAAAAAUAGCACAAGAGUUUGGUCUGUAUGACGAAAUGCUUGGCAUCAUGAUCACUGUGAGCUUCCUCGCGAAGGAAACCUUGUGGGAUAGAUUGUCUAUGUGUAAUCCCAGUCGAUUCUCCAAUAAGCGAAACAUGCAAGACAUGAAGAAUGCAUUUAUCCAGAGAAUGUUGUUCUGGAACGCAGUCACAUGCGACAAUGAUGAGAAUCAUAAUUUUGAACCCUUCCCAAAACUAAGCGAAGUGGCCUAUCAAGCACUAUUCAAACAUUUACUUCAUACAGCACAAUAUCUCAUUUACAUGUCACUAAAACAUGAAAGGAAAAUUGAAGAAGGAUCCACUCGAACCUUAAACUCAAAUGUUAUGAAGAAUGUCUUGUUUUGGAUGAAAAGGCUAUGGAAAAUGGAUUAUGCUAAACUACAACCUCUUCUCAUAGACUUAAUUCAGCGAAAGAUCCUCUGCUGCACUUGGGAAAAAACUAACUCAUCUGUAAAUGAGUUCUGUUCUACUAUGUCUAUAUUUAUAACUGAACUCAUAACGAAUCUUGUAAAUGAGGAUUGCAAUCUCAAUGGAUUUUCCCCUAUUGCCAAAUUCUUGAUUGGAAGCAUUGAAAAUCUUGUAACCAAGAACUUGAUUGGAGGAAAGGAAAAGAGAAAAGCGUUGGAAUUACUCCAGAUGAUUUUUUUGGGAGAUGUUGAACAAGCUUCCAUUAGAAAUGUCAAUUGCAUGUUAGAAUUUAUCAUUGGAAAUGUUCUUCAUCAAGAUAAACACUAUGAAUCAAGAGUCAAAGCUGUAGAAAUACUUGAACAAGUUCUGGACUCCAACGGUCGUUCAACCUCUUCCUUACGAUACUCUGUGGACUCAAUCUUUUCAAAACUAGAUUUAUCACUGAAAUUGGAUCCCAACCAAACCGUGAGGUUCAAAAUACUGGAGGUUUGGAACAAACUUGCUGAAGAGAAAUUGAAAAACGAUGAUUCCUUUGUUGCAAAGUAUUUUGAAACCAUCUUACUGAAGAGUUGUGAUAAAGAUAAACGAAUUCGAGUGAAAUGCUUUGAACUCCUUCAAAACUAUGGAAUUUGUCACGUGAACAAGACUUUGAUGACAAGGGAAUCACCAACUGUAGGAUCAGUGCGCACUAGAUGUACAAACAAUCUCUUCAGAACAUCCAUUCAGCCUUAUGACUCUCAUUCAAGUCUUGUUUCAAACAUGAUUAAGAACGUGGUAAUUUUAGGAAUAUUGGACGAAGAAAAAAAGGUCAGAGAUUUGUCUCAACAAUUGUUUAUGGAUCUUGUUUCUGGCGUAGGCACACCUCAGAAAGUAUUAUCUGAAUUGGACUUGUAUUAUCAAGGAAAGGCAUGUGUAAACAAUGAAACAAAUCAAACAACCCAGAGUGACACAUGUCAUGUCUGGACAUUCUUUGAGACAACUCUAAAGAGCAACAUUGGUUUCAUUUACGAAAGAACUAAAUCCGCACCGAAUUGUAAUGACACUCUUGAAAACUCUCAUAAUCUCGCUCUCCCGAAUUCUGAAUAA